UUGAACCGGCCUUCGGUUGCUCCAAGCUCUCCACUAUUUUCUCUCUUCUGUUCUCUCUGCUCAUGUCAUGUCCCCCAUCUUCUUCAUCCUCCUCACCCCUUUGAAUCCUCGGCUCUUCAAUCGAUCGUGUUCCUCUCCGUUUCGAGAUACAGGGGUUACCUAGCGUUGUGAAUUUACUGAAUUUGGAUCCGUGUAAGUGGAAGAAAUGUCAGGUGUUUCGCUCGCCAUGGCACCGCGGUCCGACCCAGACCAGACCACAUCCACCAAGGCCCCACAGAAGCCUGGACUCGCGCAGCAGCAGCAGCGGUCGACGAUGGGCGGGCUGAUGAGCUCGCUGCGGGUGGUCGAGCUACAGCUUGUGGCCUUCAUUAUGGUCUUCUCGGCGAGUGGGCUCGUCCCGCUCCUCGACCUCAUCUUCCCGGCCUUCGCGUCAGCCUAUAUCCUGGCCCUUUCCCGCCUGGCCUUCCCCACCCGUUCCAGGACGGCCACGUCGGCGGAGAUCUUCCAGGCCGGGAGGUUCUUCCGGUUCUACGUGAUGAUGGGGACCGUGGUUGGCCUCUUCUUGCCGCUGGCCUAUGUCUUGGGUGGGUUCGCGAGGGGGGACGACCAUGCAGUCCGAUCCGCUACGCCGCAUUUGUUCCUGCUAUCCUUUCAGAUACUCACUGAGAAUAUAAUCAGCGGACUGUCUCUGUUUUCUUCUCCGGUGAGGGCGUUGGUCCCCGUACUUUACACGGUCCGGCGCAUCUUCGUGAUCAUUGAUUGGAUGGCCGAUGUGUGGUUCAACAAAGAUCUUCCUCCGAAUUCCCCUCUCAAGGAUGAUGUGUGGUUCUGGUUCGGGAGAGGCCUAGCGGUCUUGAAUCUUGCGUACUUCUCGAUCAACCUGUUUGGUUUCUUGAUCCCUCGGUUACUGCCCCGAGCCUUCGAGAGGUACUUCCAGGAAACGGACGAGACUUACGCGAAGAUGGCAGAGGAUCCUAAGCACACCGAGCCUGUGAAGAAGUCCCAGCCACCAUUAGACAAGAAGGCCGACUGAACUGGCGCGAUGGAUGCCUUGUAUUUAUAAGGAUGAUGAAUUCCUUUUCUCCUAUGAUUUUGAACCUCCUUCUACUUGCACCAGUAGAAGCUUCUGCUAAUUUUUGUUCUUUGUUUUCUGAGGGAGAUUCGAUGUAAGCACUCCGGUACUGCCCAUUGUAGUUGUUUCUUUAUGCAAGGUGAUUGACAUAAAAUUUUCGAUUUGGAAUCGAUGGAUCAUUUGAACACUAUUGGUAAUAGCACCAAGAGUGCUGGAGGUGGUAAUGUAAAAUAUUCACCGAACCUAUCAGCGAUUAGACCCAUCUAUAAUCUGAAAGUUCGAGUUUA